CUGGGUUGAAGGAAGGCGCGACGGGUGACAUUCGCUAAAUAGUUUGGAACAUCAAUAGUAUUUUCUCAUCCCGAAAAAAAUCAACAAAUCCAGUUUCCGUCGUGUGUUAAUUUAUGUACAAUGCGUGAAGAUUGAAUGAGUUGUGUAAACAUCAGUUAGUGCCACCGAAUUAUAUUCGGAACCCGACAUGCAAAAUUACUCGCAACGUGUUUCGACAACAGCAAGAACCCAUGGAAGCCUUCAUCAACGAAAUGGUCGAGCCACGAGUUCUUGAUCUAAUUGUGCUGAUUCUACCGAAAUGGAAGCUGCUGAUUUACAUCUUCCUAAUGAACGUCAUCAUCUUCUCCCCAAUCUACUUCUUCAGUGUGAUCCUGAUCGACAGCGGGGAGCUGCAGCUGAUCUGCCCAUCGGUGAUACUGUUCGGGUUCAAUCUCAUCCAUCGGGCGCUGUUCGUGCGGUAUAACUUCAACAACACCCGCUCGAUGCUGCUGGGGGUCAUCUUCCUGAGCGUGGGAAUCUCAACUAGCGGCGCGGUCGCCAUGUACAGCGAAGAAGGGGGCUGCUAUCUGCCGGUAGUGCUGCUGUACGGUGCAGUUGGUGGUUACGGCUAUCACCUGGUUUUCUCCAAAAUGUGGAAAGUGUUGGCGAAAAUUUUCAACGCAAAGAAAGAAAUGUUCGUCAUUAAGUUUCUUCACUCUUUCGGCCAAGCUAUGGCUCCCUUAUUUCUUUUGGUGUUGUUUCAUUGUCCCUGGGACAACUACGUUUACGGCGCUCUUCUAGUCCUGUUUGGGGGAAUCCUGCUGCAUUUGAUCCCCAUUACAAUGUUGAUCGCGAACGAAAAGAACUAUCUGAAACUCGAUCAAGAUUCGUUUAUGAAAAUCACAGAAAAAGGAAACGAAUCAUUCUAUAACGAUGUGGCGAAAAUUUACACUGAUGCCGAGCUGAACGCGUCACCGAUAGGUGAUGGAGAAUCAGAGCCAAUGGCCGUUAUGAGUUGGAAGAAUCCAGCCACUUAUAGUACAGAAGAAAACCUACCGGAUAUUCCGGUAGACUUAGAGUGUGACUACGAUGAAGAUAUGAUCAGCCGUGAAGGCAAGUAUUUCAAUGCGGAUGGAGUUGAAAUAUUGGAGAUAAUUAUUGAAGAAGACGAGGAUAACAUAGAUGCAUAUGAGGUAGCAACCGAAAACACCCCCGGCGUAAAACACCACGACAAAGAUCAAUGGGUGAUUUUCCGCCAUUUUUUCAGAUCGCUUACGAACAUCUACCAAAACAUUCAACUUCGGCAGCACGUUAACACAAAGAUAGCCAAGUCCGUGCGUUUCGCGGUAUUCGAACUGAAAUUUUACAGCUGUCUUUUGCUGAAAUCAACCGAUCUGUGUGUUUUCGUGUUAUUUCUAACGCUUUUGCCCCGAUUCAUGUCAUACCACUACUACUACCGAGGAAAGCCCCGCCAGAUGCUGCUGAUGUCGUUCGUCAUCAUUUUAUCCGCGUGGGCAACGUGUUCGCUGCUGCUGCUCUGGUGUGAAAUCAAGUUUCGCAAACAGCAGGACAAACUGCUCAUUUUUAGUAUCCUGUUUAAAACAUUCGGUUACUUCUGUGUCUACUCGACUCGAUCCAGCUUUUGGACCGUGUCCGGAUGCUUUCUGAUAGGCGUGGGUCAUGCCAUCACCUGUUCCUACCAGGAUCUGGUAAUCAAACGAAAGUUCACUCCGCGUCAGUGGAGUCUGAUAAAGGGAGCUCUUUGUCUGAUCGGUGGACUGCUGGUGGUUGCGAUCGGUAGUUUGACCAACGUUGCGUACGUGUACUGUAGGGUGGACAAUGUAUUACUAACGGUACUGCUGGUGUACUGUUUCAGCGGUAGUAUGUGGGUGGUGUGCAAUUUUAAGAUUAUAUUUCGAUAA